AUGCCCUCACCGACUUCGUCAUCAAUUGCCUUGGUGACUCCUACAGCAACUAAUCCUCCGGGUCCUCAUGCCACGCCCACCAUCCCGGUCAUGCUUCCACGACAAUUCCCGCCCUCAGAAUUUUACCCACGUUUUUGGAGUCCCCCACCGGAUCCGGACAAGCCAGCCUGUCCCUACCUGGCGGGCUUUGCCGUGGAAAUCAAGCGUCACACGCCGCCUCCACCCUUUGGUGACCCCCAUUAUGGCCCAGGAGCAUGGAAAGAACGAAGUGACGUGGACAUUAAGUCAGUUACCCAGACUGAGCUUGUUCUGGCAUACCCCCCUCUUGAAUGCCAAAACACCGCCAUAUCCUCGUCUCCCGCCACCACGGCCACCCUUACCGUCCUCAAGACCCUAGCUGUGGAAGAUGGCCGGGGCGCUCAGCUGGUCCUAUGCUCGGUCACUCCAAGCCCUUGGCCUCAAGGGCCUGACGAGGUUGUCGCGAAGAUCUUCGAUCCGCUUUACUAUUCCUUCGAGUCUCCGCAUGCAUCACACGAGGCCGACGAUGUUGCUUGGUUCGCCGAUGUCCACUAUACCCACGAAGCCGCCGCACUCCAUCAUCUCGACGAAAUGCGCAAGGGUGGCCGAACCGGCUUGUCCGCUCCAGAGUACUUUGGUUCUUGGACCUUUACCUUGCCCAUCACCCACGCGGGACAGCGGGUACAUCGAUCUGUCCGCCUAGUGCUGAUGGAGAAUAUCGAGGGUUGCAGUAUGCGGGACGUUUGUGAUGACCCAGCCCUUGUCUCACAAUACAGCGAACCGGACCGGCUCGACGUUCUCGCCAUGAUACUGGAUAGUAGUGUGAGACAGCGGCACGCAGGCCUUGACCAGCGGGAUCUAGCCCCGCGCAACAUCAUUCUACGGCCCCUUUCAACUACAUUGCCGUCAGGGUCAAACGAACGGCCUCUGUCACGGCCUGUCAUCGUUGACUACAAUAUAGCUGUGGUAUUCGAGCUCUCUCGCCAUGGCAAGCGUCCAUACCAACUAGAAAACCUUCCCCCAAAUCCUAUGAAAAUCUUCUGGGGCACGAGCUUCGGCGAAUUCGAGGGCUGGGUACCGUCCGAGUGGAAUAGCAGUUAUAAUGCUGGCCAGCGGUGGCUGAAAGAGCGAUUUGGAGGGGAGGCUGCCUCACAGUAUGCGCCUGUCGACACCGAGCUAGAAUUCUCAGAGUAUUAG